GGCGUGGCGGAAAUACGUAGCUGAGUAACGUUCAAAUACGCUAGUUUAACUUUUCGUGUGUCGUUUGUAUUCUAAAUCAGCGCUUUAGACACACAUAAAAUGAUUGCAGUCGUCAAAUACUGUUUAUUUUUAUUUUUUAUAUACGCUUUAAAAGAUUCUGCCACAGAACGAAUACGGGAUGAACUUCCGAUCAUCUGAUGAAACUUCAUUCAGUAAGUCUUCAAUGAUUGCUUAACGGGACAGCAAAAGAAAAAGCCAAAUCUUCAAACAUGCGACCCUUGACUCCGAAGCAGGACACACUGUCUCCGUGGAUUGAGAAACUCAUCCAGAGUUAUGACAGUGAGAAGGAAAGCCCGACCGAAAAACUAAGGGCUUCUGUUACCUCCAUUGGUCUGAUGUCUCUAUCUCAGGCCCAAAACCAGGAAGAGCCCACUGACCUGAUCUUUCUGUCUGAUGGUACAGUAGAGAUCUCCUCCGUUCUCACCCCAUCUGCAUGGAAACGUCUUCAGGAGUCGGAGCAUCGGGAAACUUUCUUUGGUCUGGUCAAUAACGUCGUUUGCAUCAGCAACUACCAACUGAAGUUUCACGCGAGCGCAGAACCGACCCAAUGCAAGUUCUUCUUAUUAAUCGACAGCAUGUAUACAGAGUUAAUCAUUCUAGACAGAGUCAUUACGCCCUGCUGCACAUCUUUGGUCUCUGUCCAGGAGAAAAUCUUGGAGACAUGGAGGAUUGUCUUUUUCCAGGAAACACAGAGCUCCCAAAUGGACCGCGAUGACUUAAAUCUGUCUGAGCUUCUAGUUGAAUGGCAGAAUCACAUAGUACAAGAAACGUUUGAGGAUUCGUCUCAGGAAAUAAUUCCGGAUUGGCCAUCGAUUGCGGAAUCAUUAGAGAUCCCUUCCGAAACGUUCGCUCUCACCAGCUGGGACAUUGAGCGGCUUGAAGAUAAUGACACAGAGUGUUUCAGUGUUCCUAUUAAGUGUCUCCUCAUACCAGAAGGUCAUACAAUGCAGGGCCCGAAAACAAAUGCAGUAUUGACGACACAUGAGGACGCAGUGUUGAAUUUGCAGCUUUCGGAGAGCAGCCAAUCAUGUGUUCACGCCGCAGACCGCCAAAUAGCAGAUUUUACAGACACCAAGGAAGAAGUCCAGAACUGUGGCAUCACGUACGAUGACGACGUAUGUGUAGAUUUGAUUAAUAAGCACAUCACACCAUUGGAGAAACCGUGGGAAAUCUUUCCUCCACCGAAUGGCGUUUCACCCUCAAGUGUAUUCGAGGAAUCCAUGCCAAUGGAGUCCCCAGCAACAGAACUGUCUCGUGAUCAGGAUCGAAACGGUCAUGCGGACAUACCUAGUACCCGACUUCCCAUGACUAGCCCACAACCUGAGGAUUUGCAAUACAGCAAAAGCGACAAUUACUCCUUACCACCGUAUCAAAAAGCGCUCUCAUCGGACACAGCAAAUAGUCACACUGCUCCUCAAGACAAACAGACUAUAAACGAGUUUGUGAACACGCAACAAGAGUCCGUUGAGAGACAGUCAAAGAGAAAACGGGAGUGGACACAAGAAGCGCAAACGGCAAUUGCGGCCGAGGAAGGUGAGGCUCAGCUCAAUGGAAGCCCCCCGUCGUGGCUGUUUGACGCUGAGGGGACUUCUGGCACUGUUGUAGACAGCUUUUAUGUUCAAAGUGAAAGAAGACCAACUCUCACCGUUCACGCUGACGGAGAGCCAUUCUCGUACACUUACGCGGUGUCUGAGCAGAACCUUCAGGACUUCAGCAAGUUUCAAGUCGCAAAAUCUCUGCUGUCGUGGGCUAUCAAAUAUCUUGUUCCGAAAAGAAAAUGAUGCAUCUUUAAAAUCUCUGACUGGACCCCAGCUAAUUUAAAUGUCACUUUGGUAUCAUGGUGACUAUUUUCAUUCAAUUUCAGGCUUUUAAAAGUUUUGAUAUUUUACUUAACGAUGGUUGUGUUCAUUUUACAUGUAUUUACAGAUCUUUACAGUAAAGUAGUUUUUAACAUUUAGGAUACACUGUGUUGGGGGGGCUCAUAUCAAUUUUGUUUAUGACAUAUAUAUAUUUUUUUCAAACACAUAGUUAAUGCUGCUUAAUUAGAAGAAAUAAAAUAUUCUUAAAAACA